AUGCAGCGUGUCACCGGCUUCCACCACGGCUUCUGCUACAUGCCGAACGGCUUCACCUCCCUUCCAAACAAGGGCUAUGGCAGUGUGAACUGUGUCAACACCAGCACGGCGCACGCGUUUGAGAAUGCAAUCCGCAAUCGCAUGCUCACCGCCGCGGCUGGGGGCUCGCAGAGAGUGGACAUCGUACACUUGCCUGUGCAGGGCGUGCAGGUGAACGUGGAGAAGUGGUGUGGAGGCCGCAUGCAGCAGGCAAACGAGAAGCCGAUGGUGUCUCCAGAGGUGGUCUCCGCCUUGAUGGCAAGGGAGCAAACAGAUCGCACGACAUCCCACCCCGCGCUGCCCAGCUCGGGGGACCAAGCGACGAGAGCCCAGCGUGCGGGCACCAUGGCCUUGAAGAAGGCGAGGGCCAUGAUGCCAGCUGUGGAUCUUCAGCCCACGGUUCCAAACGUCCGCCCUCGACGCGGGCGGCGGAUCCCAAGGUCCUCGACGCGGCCUGAGAAACGAUGA